AUGAUAGUGGCAGUAACGGAGAUCCUCAAAGUCUUUCCAUCUGGGGUAGAGGUUGAUGGCGAGGCCACUCCGCACGUCUCUGGAUGGUUGGAAGUUGAGAUUGUGUAUCCUAAAGAGAAGACGAAACUUCUUCAUAGCAAGAAGAAUGGUCAAGGAUACAUUGAUACUCAUGAGAAGCUCCAGAGAAUCCUGAAAGGGAUUCAAGACGCUGUUUAA